AUACAUGGUAAAUGGAUGAAACAUCAUUGUAUGAUAGACUAAGGUGUUGUUUUCCCCUGUAAUAUCCUAAAGGACGCUCCACCCUUUAAUAGCACCUCUACGUUGUAAAAAGAUUGACCUUUGACCAUUCAAAAUGGCGACGACACAGUUCAGUUUGCAGAGAGUUCCGCAAGGUUUCUACAGUGCAGUGGAUACUAUCAAUGGCUUGCCACAGGAUAUAUUGGCUGAAAUGUGUCAGGAGGUUGGGCUGUUCCUACAGUACAAGAUAGGUUCAGUCAACACAGCAAGGUUUUGUGAAAGAAUCCAGGAGACAUGUGUUGACACCAGUCAUCAUGAAGUCCAGAGUGCCAUCAAUGCUCUCACAUUCCUCUUCAGAUCUGCUGCCAGCAGCCAAGCGUCCACCUCAGAACUGGUACAACAGUUGAAGGUGAGCGGAGCCUGGACCAAGGACUCCCUGGCUGUGGUGAAACAUGUGUGGGACCAGCAGGGCAAACUACUGACUGCUUCAGAUAGUGUCAGCCAAGUGCUGAACAUUGGACAGCUGAUUGACAUGAAAUGGAGACUGGGCGUGGCCAUCGGAUCUGACACCUGCCGCAACCUGAACUCCCCCUUUGUUGCCAUGACGAUCAAGAUCGCAGAGCCCUCGGGAAAUGUCGUCACCAAAUCUUUUGAAAUGACCGUACCAGAAUUUCAGAAUUUCUCCCGGCAAAUGAAGGAUAUGGCAGCCAUGUUGGAAACUGUAUAGACCAUUGCAUAACCUAAAGUACGUGGGAACGAUCUAAUAUUAACGUACGCAGUAUUUCCAAAGUUUAAUGACAUAAUUUUGAUAUUUUUGUUUGAAAUGUGAAUAAAUGUUUUAAGAAAUUGA